AUGAAUUCUUUUAAUCUUAACAGUGUCAGCCUUUCUAGCACUGAAGCUGUAGCUCUGCAGCAGUUCUUGUCAAAUGUUCUACUAGAUCAUAAAAGAUUAUUUACAAUUUGUAAAAUUCCACUUUUCAAAGCUCUUCAGUAUAACGAAUCCUCUCGAGUCUCCAUUAAUACUAUAAGGUCAUCAUACUGUGAUAAUAAAGCUAUAGCAAUGAGUGGUACUUACAGUUUUAGAACUGAUUUACUAACAAACUCGCCACUAAUCAUUGAUGCCAAUGGAAAUGUUUUAAGUCUCAUAAGAAAAUUGUCUGCUCACGUUUAUCUGAUGCCAGAAACUGAGUACCUCCAGAAAGUAGCAUUUCAACAAAUUCGUAACAGGCAGUUUAGCAGCAGCAGUAUAGUUCCUUUUAUGAUAAGUGUUCUUGACAAUUUCUAUACUCCUCAGUAUAGACAAGUAGCUCAGCAACUUACCUCUGCCAUGAGUAACUUACCUUUUGUUGAAGUCUCGAACUCAUCAACACUUGAAACUCCUCAAAAUCUUUUUGAUCCAGAUAUUGAAAUAUUACUUCAACUUUAUAAUGGCGAGAAUAAGUUUCCUGCUUCAAGUUUUCAUUCUUAUCUCUCAAUUCUGAGGCAGUGUGGUUUGAAGUCAUUUGUCAGUGCUAAUGAAAUUUUUCAAAUUUUAUCAUCUCUUCGAUCAAAUGCAUAUUAUUCAACUAGCUGCAAUGUUGGUGAAAUCAAGUACUUAAGAAUUGUUUCUGUACUGAAAUACUUGUCCGAUAAUUCUCAUCUUUUUUAUGUGAGUAUAAAUUAUCGUAACAAUUUGAUUGAUGUCUUACAUAGUCAAGCUAGCCAAUAUUGCUGGCUACCAGUAGCUUGUAAUCCUCCAAACAAUUAUCCUUCAAGUUUAACAUGGAAAGGAUAUCAGUACAGCACAUGUUUAGUCUCCAGUGAUGUCAGUCCUCUAGUUGUUUUAUCUCAAGAUCUCUCUACAUCAGAGCUACCACUUAUAGCUGGAUCCCAAGCUAUAUUCAUUGAAAAUACUCCUCAGCAACUCUCACAGAUUUUUAUUUGCCAUCCCAGGGAUUUAGUACCAGCCGUAAUUUCUCAUUUUAAUCAAGUAAUAUUCAAUAAAGAUAAAAUAUCUGGAGACAUGCUUCAAUCAAUUUCAUUCAAGACAUAUACAUACUUGCAGCAAAACAUUAGCUAUUGCAAUGCACAGUUGUUGGUAGACAACUGGAUAUGGUUAGAAAGUCAUUCAACAUUUAUUGAUUUAAGUCAAGUAGCUAUAGCAGCGAAUCCUUUUUUUAGAUUGAGUCUUGAACCUUUCAUUUUUGUGCUGCCUUCAAGCUUGCAAAAGUUUUCAAAUCUCUUUACUCGAUGUGGUGUACCAGAUAGUGUGACUGCUAGUCAGAUUCUGUCUGUCCUUACGUCAAUACAAGAACAAUCUGGUAGCUCACAUAUUACUAAUGAUAAUGCUUGGUCAAUAGUUAGAGCUAUAUUAGAUUGGAUAGCAGAUGAUACUGAUAGAAUGAGAGAAGGUAAUGUUUUAAUACCAGUUGAGAGUGAUUCCUCUUAUCCUCAGCUCCUACCUAUUGAGGAUGUAUCUUAUACUGAUAAUGAAAUGCUUCGUGACAUUGCUAAUGCCUCAGAUGAAGUAGUGUACCACCUCAUCCAUCCCAAAGUGACUUACUUGGUCCCUGUACUAGGGAUAACUCCACUCAGUGAUCAUCUUGAUAUCACUGAAGAUGUGUUUGAUGAUGCUGGUCAACACGAACCAUUGACAACACGACUUGGUAACAUCUUGAGGGAGUACAAAGAUGGACUCACUAUUAUAAAAGAGAUGAUUCAAAAUGCUGAUGAUGCUGGAGCAACUGAAGUCAAUAUAUUAUAUGAUGAUCGAACACAUUCAACACAUAAGCUGUUAUUUAAAGGAAUGACAGAGAGUCAUGGACCAGCAUUGAUUGUCCACAAUAACAGCACAUUCACCAAAGAAGACUUCGAAAAUAUAACUAAACUGGCUGGUGCUACUAAAGCUAAUCAACCACUUAAAAUUGGUAAAUUUGGUGUUGGCUUUUGUUCAGUGUAUCAUAUCACUGAUGUACCUUCCUUUGUUAGUGGUGAGUGGUUGUAUAUAUUUGAUCCAACACUAAAGUACCUUAAAGGUGUAGUACAUAAUGAGAGCAGACCGGGUAAAAAAGUUCAGUAUCAGUCCAAGUUUUUAGCUCAGUCUCAGCAAAUGGCUCCUUAUGAAGGUUUGUUUGGUUUCACAUCUACUGCCAAUUAUAAUGGUACCAUUUUUCGACUUCCUUUCAGGACAAGUCCAAGUCAAAUUAGCUCUACAAUAUACAAUGAACAUCUGAUACAGAAAAUGAAAAAUGAUUUAAUAAAUAAUGGUUCAAAAUUACUGCUUUUUUUACAACACGUUAAGCGUAUAACAUUUAGCUCAGUGCAAGGAGAUGUACUGUCAAUUAAUAGUAUUAAUGAAGUAAAUGGCAUUAAACAUUGCAUAACUAAUUUUUCUACUAGCAAUUCAGUAAGUGAAUACUGGUUAGUUUCUUGUCAGGAAGAGAAGUUACAAGAACAAGGAGGUGACUACCAGCCUGGAACUGCAUCCGUAGCUUGCCAGCUGUUUAAAGAAGGUUCAAGCUUUGAGUGCAAAGCAGUUGAAGGUUGUGUAUUUUGUUUUCUUCCACUUUCAUUGCCUUGCACUGGCCUACCAGUGCAUGUUAAUGCUAACUUUGCUGUGAUGAGUAAUAGGAGUGGCAUCUGGACUGAAGCUUCAUCUGGAGAGCCUUCUGAUUCAAGGGAGUAUUGGAAUGAAAAGCUAAUGACUACAGUCAUACCAAAAGCAUAUUACAAUUUAUUGAAAAUGCUGAAAAAGAUGUGUGUUACAGGGAGCCUCAUAUCAUAUGAGUUUUAUAAAUUAUGGCCACUAAGUAAGGAACUACAUAUGAGAUAUCCAUGGGAGGAUAUGAUUCCUGUUCUGCUGAAAUUAAUAUGUAAUAGAAGCUUGUUUUAUUCUAGUUCAAUUCAUCAGUGGUUGACAUUAGAUGAAUCCCAAUUCCUUACUUCAUUAUUUGGAUCAAGAGAUUAUUCUUCAUUUGAUAAAGCUGCCUCUAUUCUACAGAUACCAGUGGUCUCAUUGCCAAUAUCUCAUUUAGAUGAAAUGAGGUCUAGUGUUUCCAUAAUUAGUGAGAGUGAGUUUACUACUAAGUUCUUAAAUAACAUUGAUCUCUUCUAUGAUUAUGUUGAAACUCGAAAUAGAAUUCUUUUCAUCAUGCUUUCUGCUAUUGGAUCUGAUCCUGUUCAAUACACUGAAUGUGCUAUUGAGUUUAAAAAAGUUUCUUCUAUUCCUACCUCACCCAAUGGAACUGCUCUUAAAUUAGCCAGUGAGCUAGUUGAUACUCAUUAUUUUGAUGCUAUGUUUGAUCCAGAGGAUAGCAUGUUUCCAUUAGAUAAAUUUUAUCAAAAUCCCUUGACACGUAUAGCAUUGUUUCAACUUGGUUUGUUAUCAGUUAAUACAGUCCCUUGGGAAAUGAUCAUCAAUAGUGCUAAAACAGUAGCAUCACUUCAUGAUAGAAACAAGAAGAAAGCGUUAUUAAGAAUUCGAAGUAUCAUUAAUUGCAUUUGUGAUAAAAAUGAAACUGCACCAUCUGAAUUGAGACAGAUUAAUUUUUUACCUGUCCUACCAAAACCAGAAAAAUAUUUUUUGCCAUGGAAAGGUGAUGGUCACAGUUUGAUAGCACCUAGCCAGAUAAUAUGUGAGCAAUUUCAAAGCUUUCAGAAACCACUUUAUACAGUAAGUUCUCAGAAGGCACUGCUGAAUACAAAUUCAGAAGAUGGAUGUGAUUUUAUAUCACAAAAAGCUCUUGAGCUUUUAAACAUUUCAUCGAGACCAUCAUUUGAUGAGGUGCAUGCACAUUUUAUGUGUCUGGUAAAAUGUUUUAAUCCAGAUAAUAUUGAUGAUCCAGAGGCAAGGGAACUAUUUGAAAAUAUGUGUCGGUAUGUUUAUGAAUAUUAUGAAAAUUUAUUAGCCACAUCUCUGGAUGAAUCUCCCAGUACUGAACUACAAACAUUAAUAAUUUCUCCUAAAGCCAAAAAAUUCAUCGAUACUUAUCAUAACAAACCUUUUGUUUACACUGGAACAGGAUUUGUUACUUCGUCUGACGUAGCUGUCAAUUGGAAAAUAAUUGAAGGACCUUACCUUUACAAGCUACCUAGCAUGUUGUCACAAUGCAGGUUGUUACUACAGCAUUUGAGUAUCAAAUAUGACUUUAGCAUUACUAAAUUACUGGCAACAUUGCAUCAGAUGUUUAAAGAUUUUGGUCCUAGUCAUCAGCUACCUCUAAAAUAUCAUAAAAUAGCUAAUUGCAUUAUACAUGAAUUAAACUCAGUGAGUAAAGAGGAAAUUUUGAGCAUUAGAGAAGCGGUUUAUCUUGCUGACCAGAACUAUGUUGUUCGACCAGCUAAUAAAUUAGUUUUUAAUGAUGCUCCAUGGUUACCAGAAGAUGCUGACAACAAUUAUGUUACUUCUUUGCUUAAUCGAGAUAUAGCACUAGCACUUGGUGUUGUACCUACUAGAAACAAAUUUCUUGACAAAUUUACUUCUAUAAGUCAAACAUUUAGUGGUGUGCCAUAUGGGCAAAAAGAAAGUUUAACCCAAAGAAUUAAAAAUAUUCUUAGCAACUAUCCAUUUGACGAGACUUUUGUAAAAGAAUUGAUACAAAAUGCUGAUGAUGCUAAAGCUAAUGAAAUGAUUAUUAUAUUAGACAGAAGACAACAUGGAACAGAAAAGGUUUUAUCAGAAAACUGGGGAGAAUUACAAGGUCCUGCCCUUCUGGUAUGGAAUGAUAAAAAUUUUAGUGAUCAAGAUUUGGAAGGUAUUCAAAAGUUGGGUCUUGGUUCUAAACGUGAUGAUGAUGAAUCAAUUGGUCAAUUUGGUAUUGGUUUUAAUGUGGUAUAUCAUGUAACUGAUUGCCCUAGUUUCAUAACAAGAGGUGAAAAGUUUUGUGUAUUUGAUCCUCACUGUAAAUAUGUACCUGGAGCUGAUGCAAUUAGUCCUGGCAGACAAUAUAAUAUUGAUAAAACAUUUUGGAAUGAUAUGCCUGACCUUUCUUCUGCUUUUUUACAAGAUAAUUUUACAAGCAAGCUACUUGAAAUUGACAAAGGAGUACUUUUUCGUUUUCCACUUCGCUCUACCCAAAAAUUAGUAGAACAAUCUAAAAUUAUUAAUGAAAUUAAUGAUACAGUAGUUACAGCUGAUGUGAUGGAAUCUUAUUUGAGAAACUGGGUGUCAGUAAUUAAAGAUUUACUUCUUUUUCUGAACCAUCUAACCACAUUUGAAUAUUAUGUGAUCAAUGAAAGUGGUAGCAUUGCUCUUCAAACAAAGUAUAAUAUCCAUAUAACUGAGGAAGAUCAUCUGAAACGAAUCCAUCUAAAGGAAAGUUUAUCUAAUUUUAAAUCAAUUCUACAGCCUUGUCUAGUUACAUAUUCAUUGACACUUGAAGCAAGUGUGAACUCAAGCAAGGAAUCCAAUAGGGAGGUUUGGUUAAUUCAGCAAGGGGUUGGAGAUAUGCUGGAUCCCUUAAAAGACUGGAAGUUUGUACCUAAGAUAUUACCUCAACAUGGAAUUGCUACUACCCUCAUUAGAUCUCAAAAUUUCAAAGGUCAAGUGUUCUGCUUUCUUCCUCUUCCAAUAUAUACCAAUCUACCUGUUCACAUAAAUGGCAAAUUUAUUCUUAAUAGUGACAGACGUUCUUUAUGGGCUAGUACAUCAGAAAAAUUAGAUGAUAGAAGUACAUGGAAUAAUAGUCUUUAUAAAGCAAUAGCAUCUUCGUAUGUCCACUUUUUAAAAAUAGCACAGUCUUCAUAUGUGGCAGCUUCUGGCUACAGCAAAUUAGAGGAAUUAUUUAGUGCUGUUGAUGUUUAUUAUGGCCUUUUUCCACUUUGGAACCCUCCAUUCAAAUAUGAUAAAUUGAAAGAAAUAGAUUCUUCAGGCAUAGAUGAGAAAACAAAAACAGUGUAUGACUGGAAAGGAAUUGGAAGUAAAGUUUUAAAGCUGUUGUGGUCAAGGAAUGACUUGGUGUUAGCAGUAGCUAGAAAAGACAUUAAGUCGAAUGAACAUGGUAGGUGCAUUUGGUUAGUUGAUUGGCAUUCCCUACAUGAUGACAUUGAGUCUUUUACACAGGUCUAUUUUUUAAAAAAGGAGGACAGAUAUAUGAAGAAAAUAUUGACCAGCCUUUGUAUGGUUAUCACAUGUGCUCCUUAUGCAUUAUACAAAAAUCUUAAAAGUUUAAAACUUGAUGAAAAGACUUUCAUUGAACCAGCUAUUGUUGAUUAUAAAUCUGUCUUUAAAUUUUAUGCUAAAUUUUACCCCAAAAUAUUACCAAACAGUUGUCCUUGCUACAUAGAUGAAACUCCUUUUCAAUCAGCUAAAUUUUUUUGCACUUUUGUUAAGUAUAUGUUGCUUGAAAUUAUUGACCAUGAAACUACUCGUUAUAGAUUAGAAUUUCCUAAUUCUCCAGAAAACAUUCCUCUUUUGUUAACUGCUGAUAAUAAAUUACGAGAAUUUAACCAAUCUAAAGAUAUUUUGUGCAGCAAAUUUGUUAAUCUUUUUCCAAAUAGCUUAUCUCAAUUUGUACAUGAAGAACUUUUUGAUAUGUACUCAAAAACAUUAUAUUUUCCUCCACCAAAAGAUGUACCUUUUGAUAUUAUUGAAGGCAUACUAAAUGUGAAUUUGCACACAAAGCUUCAAGAUAAAGCUGUAGAUAAUUCACAAUCUGCUUUUAUACCACCAGAGAAUUUUGCAAGUUUGUGGCAAUGUUUAUGUAGUGAUGAUGUUUUUCAAUGUCAUCAAUCUAAUAUUGUUGAAAGAUGGGCUUUAUUACCAUCCACUUCAGGUUCAUUGUAUUCAGCAUCAUCACCAAUUCGUCCCUUAAUACCACCUGCUGCUGCUGCUGAUGAUGAUGAUGAUGCUAAAUGGUAUCAAGAAGUUUAUAAAGUGUUGUCUAUUUUCAAUGUUCCAAUUUAUGAAUCAAAACCAGAAGGGGAGUUUGAUAGCCAGGUAGAAUAUUGCAUUCAGUUAAAUCAAGCAGACAAAGUUCUUUUAAUGUUAUAUCAUUGUGAGGAUAUUGAAAAAAGGAUUUUAGCAAAUGAAGAUUCUGCUUUAAAGGUACUUUGCAAAUAUUUUAGGGAAAUAAACUUCAGAACAAAUGCAAAAUGUUUGACUUGCAUCAGAUCAUUACCUUUAUUUAAAUCAAUACAAGGUGAUCUUGUUAAUAUUAAAGGAAAGACAGUGUUAGCUACAGGCUAUUUAAAACUUUGUCAGGCUGGUUAUGAUAUUUGGGCUACUCAAAAUGAUUUAGUUUUUUUAGUGACAUCUGGAGCUUGGGCUGAACUUGGAAUCAUGACAGAGCUAAAUGUAAAAGAAAUCACAUUAUCUCAUUUACCUGAAGUUUAUAUUAGUCAUAUUUUUCCUCAUUUUAAAAAUUUAAGGCCUGAUGACAGAAGAGAUCACUUACAUUAUAUACUUCGUAGUAGUUUUAUUACUAAAAGUAAUUCUGAACGUCCAUCCUUUUUUUAUCACUUUCUUUCCAACUUGCAAUGCUUAGAAACUCAAACAGGCGAGCUUCAAAAAGUGUCAUACUUUUAUGAUCAUUCAGCUCCAAUCUUUUAUACUUUUAGUGACUUGUUUCCAUUUGUUCCAGAAGCAUAUAGGAAUAAAGAAUGGCUGGAAUUUUUUAAAUUGCUAAAACUACAAUCAACUACUCCUAUUGACAAAUUCAAAGAAUGUUGUGAGUCAGUGAUGAGUAAGAAUGAAAAUGAAAGAGCAAUAGCAUCUGAAAUUUUAGUUUCUUAUUUGUUUUCUGAAUCUGCAAAGGAAUGGCAUAUAGACUUCAAAAUCUUAGCAGAAAUUGGUGAUAUUCCUUUUGUUCAGGUCAAUCCUGUCAGUGACUUUCAGUGGAUCAAAAUGCCACACAGCAAGACUGGAUUAACUAAAUUCAAUCAAGCAACCAUAUAUGACUGUGCUGAAUUGGUUUGGACUGUCAAUACUAUUAUACGUAUACCUUCAGAAAUAGCAGAGUGCAUGGAAACUCAAGAAUUUAGAGCAUUUUUAAGGGAAGCAUCUGUUGUUCCACAAAACAAUGAAUCACAUUUUAAGAUGUCACUAAGAAAUCUUGGUGUUACUGUUGAACCAGCAGUUGAUGAUGUCUAUCAUAAUUUUAUAAAUAUUUCAGAAACACCAUUAUCUAAUUUUAAACUCUUUGAUUGCUAUAGCACCAGUGUAACGAAUCACCCUAUUAAGAUAGAAGACAUUAUUAGAAAAUCAUUGAAGUAUUUGUAUGAAAAAGGUGCAAAUGAUCUUCUCGAUAGGCUUAAAGUUGUACCAUGUAUUCCAGUACAAGCUGACAACACUAAUACAGGUGAGUUCAUGACCCGACCAGUACUUGUCAAGCCAAUGCAAAUUGUGAGAGAAAUAUCAGAUGAUUGUAACCACCUCUUUCCUUACGUUCAUUCUUUACCUCGCUUUAUGGCAAAUAUUGGUCAUGACCUUAAACUCAUUGGUAUAUCAGACAGAAUUACUUUAAAAUCAUUACAGCAUCUCCUUGAGACUGUGCAUCAGCAACUGAAUGGUUCUAAAAUAAAUCCUAAUUGUGCCAUAGCAGUAAAAGAAGCAGUCAUCAAAAUUUAUAAUUUAUUGGAAGCUUCUCAUGAUACCAAUGAUGACGUUGUAUGUGAACUUGAUCCACUCUAUUUGCCCACUGCUGAUGGAUAUUUAAUGCAGUCAACUGAUCUUGUCUUUAUUGACUCAUUUCGUUAUCAAGAUGCUUCAUUGAGUUUUGAAAGAUCUCCAUAUCCUUUGUUUCAAUUGUCUAAUGAAACAGGAAUUGUCAAUAGUUCAAAUGAAUACAAGCUUUCCUUGAAACUGCCUGAAAAACUUAGACCGUUUGGUCUUUCACAAAUAUGCAGAGAGGAAUUGCUUAUUAACAGUCAAACAUCCAAUGAAGUCACUCAUCUUUUUCAAUAUCAUGAAAAUCUGAAAGGCAUUGUUCCAUCUUUGCAAAAAGUGCUACCAAAAAUGAUUGAUGCUCAUUUCAAAAUUACAAAUAGCACUGUUUUGGAUGAAGCAGCAAUACAUAAGUUUGUAUCAACAUUGCUGGAUCAGUUUAUAAAUGGUGUCGAGUUAAUCAUCAUAGAUAGCCUAAAAAGUGACUUAAAGCUGUUAGCCACAGAUAUUUCAUUUGGUAUUAUCAGUGUUAAAUUUUUUAUUCAGAAAUCUAAGCUGGGUCACUUUCUUUUAUAUUUAGAUAAAAAGGCAAGUCCUCUUACUUAUUCCUUUACUAAAGAAUUCGCUUUUAUUUUAUGCUUAAAAAUUGCUCAAUUACAUGAUGUAAAAUCAACAGAAUAUUUGUCUUUUUCAAGUCCAGUUCAGGAGUGUUUGAUGGCACAAUCUAACAAUGAUUUAAUGUACAUUUUAGAAAAGUUUGAAAUUAAUACACCCGGUGUUAAUCUGCCUGCCAAAUUUAACGAAAUUGGUAGCAGUAUACCUGAAAAAUUAUUUUCCUUCCUUCAAAUGAAUAUUCAUCAUAUAUUCUACCCUCAGGAAAGGGUAGGAUAUGAAAUCAAAGAUGGCUACUUAGUUUAUGCAAUUGUGCUAUGUCAGAUUCAAGCUAAUUGUGAUGAUCCAAUUGGAUUUAGAAGGCAAUAUAAAAUUAAAAUUGAUGACAGUGAAACUGGGACAAGAAUUGUAUCUACCUUAGAUUUAUAUAAAUUUGUCAACAAGGAGCGGUUUGAAGAGUCGAAAGGAAAAGAAUUUGACAUGGAGAGAGCAAUGGCUAAAGCAAAGAAUAUAUUAAGCUUGGAUGAGCUAAAGACAGAGAUUCAGCUUUCACUUAGUAUAAUUGAGAAAAUUAAAGAUAAAGAUACUUAUAAAAAGGCCAAAAAACGCUUAUAUCUAUAUUACCUUUGUGACAAAAUCAAUCUAGUUGAAAGUGAUUUCUAUGAAAAAGCAAUUCAGUUGUUAGAAGAUAAACUAAAAGCUCAAAAUCACUCAACAGAAUCAGAUGAUACUAAUGACAUAUCUAUGCUAGAAAAUGACUUUAACCAGUGGAAUAUUUUUGCACAGAAAGUAUCUCAGAAUUUAGGUCAAGAAGCUACUCAUAGUGUUGAUGCACCACCCUCUGAUACUGUUUUUUGGGAAGCAUUUGAAUUGAAACCACAAUUGUCAGAAGCAAAAAGGUGGUUAAAGCAGGCCAAAACAGACUUAGAAGCAAUGAAAAUACUAAAUACUAGUACUCAAUCACAGAAGAAAGUUGCAGUAUAUUGCCAAGUACUGUUUUUAGCUCAUGAAACAUGUGAGAAAGCUCUUAAAGCUGCAAUGUAUAAACUGGUUGGUUUAAAUUCUGGCAGCCUUACAGUUCACAACCUUUACAGCUAUGCUAUAAAUAUUGCAUCAAUCAAAGGUGAUAAAUGGCAGGAGCUUCCCAAGCUAGUACUUUCAAUGGAGAAAUAUUAUCUUGAUUCAAGAUUUCCUAACCGACACUUGCUUCCACAUGCACCUGUUGAUGUAUAUUCUUCUGCUGAUGCUAUUGGAGUGGCUAAAAAUGCAGAGAAAGUUUAUGAUCUAGUGGCAAUGCUUUUUGAGCCAAACGAGAUACCUCAACCAAUGAAUCUAUCUUAUGCAGCAUUAGAACAAAUAAGAAUGACAGAUAUAGCUAUUCAGUGUCAUCUCAAUCAGCCAGAUGAAGAGAAACUAAGACAAUUACAGAGAAAGAUAGAGUCACUUGAACAAUCAUUUAAAAUCAAAGAAGCAGAUGAAGAGAAAUUGAGACAAGAGUUACAAGAAAAGAUUGAGUCACUUGAACAGCAAUUGAUCAAAGAUUGUAAAGAAGUAGCAGUUCAGUUUGAUUACCUUAUUCCUCAGUCAGAUUCACUAGACUCUAAUGUCAUUAUCGCUGGACAGAAGCUCUUUAUCCUACAAGGAGACAAGGCUUGUUCAAUCCCAUGGGAACAAUAUGGAUUCAGAUUACAGUGUCCUCAAGGAGCAGUUUCUAAAGAUACUGUUUUUGAAGUAGCUGUUACUGCACUAGCUGGUGGUAAUUUCAAGGUACCCAAAGGUACUGUGCUAGUGAGUGCAGUAUAUGCAAUAUCAGUAUCUAAGGCACUAUUAAAACCACUGGUAAUAGAGCUAGAACAUUGUUUGGAUCUAAGGAACACUAGUCAGACUGGUUGCCUCAAGUUUGUCAGAGCUCCACUGAAGUCUCCCAAUGCUUACCAGUUCAGUAUAGUUGAAGGAGGAUCUUUUAGUGUUGGGAACAGAUAUGGUUCUAUUGAACGCGAUGAAUUCUGUGCUUUUGGUAUUGCACAUGUUGCUGAGAUGAGUAAUGGAGACACUACUAAUGGAGGUGGGAAUGGAGGAGGAACACAAACUGAAGGAACAAAUAAUGAUAGCCAAGAGCAAACUAAUGAAGAUACACACACAUCAAAUGAUAGUGAGAAUGAAGCAGGAGAAAAAAAUAGCCAAGAGCAAGCUGAUGGAGAUACACAAACGUCAAGUGAUAGUGAGAUUGAAGCAGGAGAGAAAAGUAAAGAAGCCUCUCCAUCAAUAAUUAACACACCACCUAAAGAACCAAAUAUAGAUACCACUGAGUUAAAAGAACCAAAUUCUGAUAAUCAUGAUGAUUCCACUCUUCGUUCAGACAAUAAUGCACCAUCUGGUGAUAUGCUGUAUACUGGAAUGAUGUAUUAUGAACCAAAGGAAGUUGGUUACAGGAGAAUUAGGUAUUGGUAUUCUGUUGUGAGAGAUUUGCAAGUUCUUAAGCGGUAUUUAGAAAAAAAACACGGU